AUGGGCAAGCGGAAAAAGUCGACGCGCACGCCCGGCGCGGGGCGCAAGAAGAUGCCGCCCCUAGAUACGGUGUUUACGUGUCUCUUUUGCCAUCAUGAACGUGCCGUAUCUUGUAAAAUCGACGACAAGGCGCGCAUCGGAUACUUGAGCUGCAAGAUCUGUGGGCAAAACUUUUCCGCAGAUACAGACACAUUGUCUCAACCGAUCGACGUCUAUUCACAAUGGAUUGAUGCGUGUGAGGAUGUAGCAGACAACUAUUGA